AUGACAGCCGCCGUUCCAUUGCCCCAGGACGAGCACCUGUCGAAGAAACGCCGCCGUGGAUCUGGAGAUUUUGGUGGCGAACACCUUCACGAGAAUAGGCAUACCACAUGGCCCAUCGAGGAUCACCACCUGCAUCACCAGGCUCGCGAUCAUCGCGGUAAUAGUGAAGACUCGAUCCGAAGCCGACAAAUAGCAGCCACCGGGAACCUACCGACGCAGUCGAAGUCUUCCAAGCGUCAGAUCGUCACGCUCACGACGACGACUGGAAGGUGCCCUCUCCUGGAGCUGCCCGCAGAGAUACGUGAGCAGAUAUGGAUGCACACCGUGACGGAAUGGACAGCUGCUACAGUUGAAACCCUGCGACUCACUCCCACGAGGUCGGUGAGAUUACUACACAAAAGGGCAAUUCGCAUGGACCGGUUUAACAGGCCUCCUCCACCUGCUCUUGCCCGCGCGUCCCGCCAGUUGCGUGCGGAGUCCUUGCACCUAUACUACCAACUCAACGUCUUCGAAUGCUGGAGACCGCUCUUCUGGUUGAAGGACUGGUCUCAAAGCACCUUCAUCGACUGGCUCGUCUCCCUGGGACCUGUGCAGACCAAGUGGCUCCGUAACAUCGUUCUACUCUACAAGCACGAGAAUGAACUGGAGCACGACGUCGAAGAGGUGCUUACAGCACAAGGCUUCGAGCUCCAGCCCGGAGUGGUCUCAAAUAAGCAAGAGCUUAGUGAAUACGAGAUGUGCUUUGAGGAAUUAGGACUUCCUAGGCACUUUGGCAGGAGACGACGCUGGGAUCGCUGGAUGGCAGCCACUGCUUGCUGA